AUUGAUGAACUCCCUGAAGGAGCUGUGAAGCCUCCAGCAAAUAAAUAUCCCAUCUUCUUUUUCGGGACUCACGAAACUGCGUUCCUGGGGCCCAAAGACCUUUUCCCAUAUAAAGAAUAUAAAGAUAAGUUUGGGAAGUCAAACAAGCGAAAAGGAUUUAAUGAAGGCCUGUGGGAAAUAGAAAACAACCCUGGAGUAAAGUUUACUGGAUAUCAGGCAAUUCAGCAACAGAGCUCAUCAGAAACUGAAGGAGAAGGAGGAAAUACAGCAGAUGCCAGCAGUGAGGAGGAAGGUGAUCGGGUAGAAGAAGAUGGAAAAGGAAAAAGAAAGAAUGAAAAAGCAGGCUCAAAACGGAAAAAAUCCUACACUUCAAAGAAAUCCUCCAAGCAGUCACGGAAAUCUCCUGGCGAUGAAGAUGAUAAGGACUGCAAAGAGGAAGAAAAUAAGAGCAGCUCUGAUGCUGGGGACGCAGGCAAUGACACAAGAAACACUUCUUCAGAUUUGCAGAAAACCAGUGAAGGG